CGGGCGCCCUUCUAGCCGGCUGCGCGCCGACGGGACUCUAUGGUGAGGCGGCGGGCUGCGGGGCAGGCGGCGCCGUGCCGCCCCGCUUGGUGAGCGCAGCCGGACCCCCGCCGCCCGGCCGGGCCCUGCGCCCCUGCCGCGGUCUCGGCCUCAGCCUGGGCGGUCUCCUGCCCUGCGGCGCGGUGAGCGGCGGCCAUGAGCGGCGCGGAACGGCCCGAGGAGAAGGAGGCGGCGGCGGCGGCCAGCCCCGGGCGCUCGCUGGGUCCUGGUGAUGCAUCUCCAGAUGAAGGAGUAGUAGAAGAUUUGCCUUUAAUAGAUGAGAAAGCUGUGGAGCAGCUAACUGAAGGAUUGAUUUCUCAUUAUCUGCCUGAUCUUCAGCGAUCAAAAUCAGCACUACAGGAACUUACACAGAACCAAGUGGUAUUACUAGAAACGUUAGAACAAGAAAUUUCAAAAUUCAAGGAGUGUAACUCCAUUCUUGAUAUCAAUGCUUUGUUUUCAGAAGCUAAACGCUAUCACAACAAGUUAGUGAAUAUUAGAAAUGAAAUGAUGAUGCUCCAUGAGAAGACAUCAAAGCUAAAAAAAAGAGCACUUAAGCUGCAACAAAAGAGGCAGAAGGAAGAACUGGAACGAGAACAACAACGUGAGAAGGAACUUGAAAGAGAGAAGCAGUUAACAGCAAAACCUGCUAGGAGGACAUGAAAGCAGAGCAUGCAACAACUUGUCCAAGCUAGUAAUUUCUGCGUUCUCUGGAAUUAAGGCAGACUUUGCUUAAACUGGGCUAUAGCUGUUAGUAGCAACAGUGUAUUAUAUUAUAAAUUCCAGAAUGGUAAUACUAGGGUUGGUAACGCUCAAAUUUUUUCAUUUCAGCCAUUAAAGUUGCCUUCUUUUGUAAUGCUAUGCAGUUUGAUAUUAUUAUAAUGUAAGUUAAUUUUUAUAUAUAUUUAUGUAUGUAUAUAGGAGAACUUCGGCAUCACAUUUUUAAAUACCUGUCCAUUUUUUUUUUUGCCUGUUCUUUUGGUAUCUAGAAUUCUGGGAGAUAUUUGUGACUGGCACACGUGGGUUUUAGACAAAAUACAGAAUACUGGUUGAAGUUCAGAUCUUGUCACCGGACUUCAGUGGCCACGUAUUUCACUGAAACUGCUUUUAUUCAGGCAGUUGGAAUCUUUUUUUGAUGCCCUGGUUCAUAAAUACUGACUUUUUGUGCAGCCUUAGUUUAGCCUAUCUCUAAUGAACUGAAGAAACUUCCAGUGUAUUUGCCUGAAAGCUCACUUUAUUGCAGCAGUCUUAUUUUUUUGUUAUCAAGUAACUUAAGAACAGCUUUAAAGUAAGUUCUGAAUAAGUUCUCAGCUGAAUUGGCAGGGCGGGAGGUGUGUGGGUGUGGUGGUGGUGUAGGGAGCAGAACACUAAAGAUUCUCAAAAUUGAGUGUGCACAAUGCAAAGAUUAAUGGGUUUGUGCUUUCACAAACGUUUGAGCCAAACCAGGGAAAUGUUGCCUCUUUAGUGGUUCAACAGGAAGACUGUGUGGUCUAAGCAGACUUCUGUGGGAUUAGAAGUUGUCGUUUCUUCAUUUUGUGUGACAAAAUAAAACACAACCAAGCCUAAACUUCCACUUCAUGUGAAGUUCAGUUACCUGUAGGAAAAAUUACUGCGUUUAAUUUUUUUCCUUGAGAAAUUCUUUAUUUGUACUUCAGGGCUAUAUAAGAGAAUUUUUAUUAUGCUGUCCUCACCCAAAUCGAUGAUGAUUAGUGUAUACUGAUGAUAAAUGCGGAAUGGAGGUUGAUACCUAUUUCUCUGAACAUAAUUGCUUUCUUGCAGGACUUGGUGUGGACUUGCAUUCAAAUGAAUGUACAUGUUGUCUGGGCUGGUGAAAGAGCUUUAAACUAUUUGUUCCUUCAAUCUAACAAACUAGUUAUUUUAAAUCUGUUAUUUUUUGUAGUAAUGUAACUGUGUUUUGAAGUAAGAUGAAGGGUAAGCUAGGUAAAGUUUUCCAUAAAAUAUAUAUGGUAAGGUACCAUAGGGGCACAGUCAACUUGACUUUUUCUUCCAUUUUAGAUGAUUCAUACGGUGUACGCCUGCCUGGACUCUACUGUAUUACAAUUUUCUGAACUCCUAAUUUCCCAUUCUUAAUGUUUAUGAUCUUUUUUCUAUGAAAAACAUACUUUUAAUGACUAAUCAUCCAACAUGCAAGGUAAACUGGGAUGACGUUUUGGGGCAAGGAGAACAAACUACUUGAAGUAGUCUGAAGGGACACUGAAAUGCUGUUACUGAAGCAGUAAUAGAUUAAAACUAUCCACAGGUGUUUUUCCUUUAAGCUGACUUGUGCCUGGUAAUUGCCAGUGGAUUGUUGACCUGUGCUGUUGUUUGUAUGUAUUUCUAGGACAAAUGUAAAGAAUUUCCAGAGUCCGUAUUUUUGGAGCAGAAUGUACAUAACUAAAUGUUGUUUAAAUACUGUACUUUGUAAUGCAAUUUCAAAAUUAAAUUCUGGGACUUCUAA